UUUUGUCUCUUUUUUCCAGCAAUGGUACAACAGUUCCAUGAACGUGAUUUGCACCUGGUUGACAGAUCGGAUGGAUUUGCAGCUUCAUAUUUAUCAACUGAAAACUCUUAUUAGGAUGGUAAAGAAAACUUAUAGGGACUUCCGAUUGCAAGGGGUACUGGACUCUACGUUAAACAGCAAAACCUACGAUACAAUCCGAAAUCGACUUACUGUAGAAGAAGCCACGGCCUCCGUGAGCGAGGGAGGGGGCCUUCAGGGCAUCACGAUGAAGGACAGUGAUGAAGAAGAUGAAGAAGACGAUUAAAACCUUCUCCCCAUCCUAGAGGCCCUCCAAGACAUAGCCUUGUAAUCGAUGCAUGUCCCUAGUCUGUUAUUCAGUUAUAGCCACAUUAGGGGAAUUUUCCGUCCACUCUAAAUGCCCAUGAGAAGUUUACCAAUAGCUGUGGGGCACCGAGAUUAGCACCUCCAUCUGAUUCAUUGGUUCCCUGGGUUUGUAACUGUAAAUUCAAAGCAAUAUGGAGUCCCAUUGUUUAAAUACAGUUCAUGAAAAAUACGUAGACCAACUGCUCAGUAUGUCCCCGUUCUAAGAAGAGUUAAACAGUGCUACCUUAGUGUCCUGUUUCCACGUCGAUGGCAAAUUGUGGUAAAGAUGAGUGCCUCAAGUACUUUUCGUUUCCCUGUUUCUCUUUAUGUGGAUUCCAACCGCAUAAAUGAAUUCACAAAUAAGAAUACUUUGGGUUUAUUUUUUAAGGAGGAAGAAAAAUGAGGCUCCAAUAACUUAGUUUUUGUUCUCUUCCAUUGGCCCCCAGAAUCUAAGCUUGACUCUCGUGGGUCCUUGUGAAAUUGUGUAUUUUCUUGUAACCAUACAGUUAGUCACCAAGAAUGAUAAGCCAAUGGAUCAGUGUCCAGCACAGGUUAAGCCUAAUUAAGAGGAGACACCCUAUGCACCAAGCCCAGGUCCAAGCAAUUGUGUUCUACCGACCUAUGCCCUAUUGAGUGUUACAUUUUGCUUUUUAAAGUUUCAAUAAUCAUAUAUGUUUAAAAAAAGAGAUGAAAUUUAAAUUACAAUCCUAGACUAUACAAUGUGUUUAUAAUAAUAAGAUAAUGGAUAUUUAUUUCAGUAGAAUGUAACCAUAGUUUAAAUUAUUUUGUUUCACGAUGUUUUUUAUAUAUGUCAUGUACAUUCCAUUUUGACCAGUCACUGCAUGACCCUGGGGAGCCCUCCAGAAGCUUUUCCUUUCUAUGUAAAGUAGUGGAUCUAUCUUGCUUUUGGCCUUAUACAAAGCCUACAGUUGUAAAAGUGUGGGAAACUGUGGCUUCUCAAUAAAUAACUAUUCAGAUGUCCUAAGGAUCAA